GUUUUUUCCCUCUUAAUCAUUUUUAUUGUCUGGACAUUUUGAAAUGCUGUUUUAUUUCAUGAUGAUGCCAUUUUUAUUAACAGCAUUACUGGAAUUUUCCUGUAUGGUACCUUUGCUGUAUUUUCCAUUUUUAGGGUAUUGCUGUGAUAUCUUUUAAGGUAUUUCUACUGCAGUCUCAUUUACAGUAUUUUUACUGCAAUGUCUGUAACCAGAGUGUAACAACGCUUUUAGUGUAUUUUCCUUUAUUUUUGCUUAAAGUACUUUUGUUGUUUAUAGUACUGAUUAUUAAUUUAAACCCGUAGAAGCAUUCUGAUUGCAGUGCAGCACUUUAAGCUAAAACUUAAGAUAAAAAUGAGAUACACAUCUGUCAGAUUUGUCCUUAAAAUUGACUUUUAUUUGUAGAAAAUUGAUUUGAAAUGAAUGAAAGUACAACAUUUGUUUUUAAACGCAGACUGAUUUUCUAAAACACUGAAUGUUUCUACUUGUGGGCCUCAUUAAAAAUGCAUUGAAUCAUUUUGAUAUAUUACACCAAACCCGCAAUUACUGUGACAACGUAAUGCAUUCUGGGUCUUAUAUGAAUAACCUGGACUGCUGCUUUUCUCCUAUUACGCAACAUAAUGAGGCAUAAAGCAUAAGGAGGAUACUUACAAGCUAUAAUACGUUUAAUUGAAUCCAUUAUAUUCAAAAAGUUAAAUGUAUUUCAGGUGUGACAGAUUUGAUUUUGCUCCGUUAUUGUAAUAUUGAUCUUUGAUUUUUAAUUUGCUGUUUAAUUCUCCCUGAUAAGCUCCGGAGUUCUCGGAGCUCCUCUCCGCGAUUCGCUCCAGCAGGAAUGGAGGAGAGUAAUCUAUUACACACGCUGAGGAGGUAACGAGCCCCGCAUCGCUUCCACCUGACUGAGUGUGAGCGCGUCACACAGAGAGGUGAGUCCACUGUGAGUCACACCGGGGCUGAAGACCGAGGAGGCAGAGAGUUCUUCCCCCCCGAGGAGGAAUCAUCCGAACCACCGCUGCUGCUGAUCCCCCAUCAUUUAUCUUUAUUAGUAUUAUUAUUAUUAUUAUUAUUAUUAUUAUUAUUAUUAUUAUUAUCAUUAUUAUUAUUGUCAUUUAAUUCUGAGGAUUUAUUCACGGAACGUCCGGGACGCGGAUCUUACAAAAAAUAAAAGGAAAGUGCUUUAUUUAUUUUAUUUUAUGUUUUAUUUUUUCCGUGGGAGGAUGUUCAGUGGAUCAGCUGCACGGAGGACAAACGGCUUUCCACGCGGAUAUUAAUGCGCUCUAUCACUUUGCGUGAUGGAGAACUUUACCAUGUGGAGUAAUUUCACUCGAGUUCUGUCAGAGCUGGACGGGACGGAGGAGGACGAGGAUGGGGAGGAGGACGGCGGAGGGAUCGGCGGACUGCGCGUCCUCGUCGCCUGCGUACUCUUCCUGCUCAUCGUGUCCACGUUGCUCGGGAACACGCUCGUGUGCGCAGCCGUGAUAAAGUUCCGCCACCUGCGCUCCAAAGUCACCAACUUCUUCGUCAUCUCUCUGGCCGUGUCCGACCUGUUCGUGGCCGUGCUCGUGAUGCCGUGGGAGGCCAUCACUGAGGUGACCAACACGUGGCUGUUUGGACGCUUUUGUGACGUCUGGAUCGCCUUUGACAUCAUGUGCUCCACGGCGUCCAUCCUCAACCUGUGCAUCAUCAGCGUGGACCGCUACUGGGCCAUCUCCAGCCCCUUCAAGUACGAGCGGAAAAUGACUCACCGCGUGGCGUUUGUCAUGAUCGGGGUGGCGUGGACGCUGUCCAUUCUGAUCUCCUUCAUCCCCGUGCAGCUCAAAUGGCACCGGGCCGGGGAGGAGGAGCGGGAGGUGGCGAUGGAGGAGAUGGCGGCGAUAAUGGCCGCCAGCGGAAAGAACUUUACAAACACGAGCAGCUUCAACUCGAGUGACGUCGCCUCCCAGAGCUGUGUGGCCAACCUGAACAAGACCUACGCCAUCUCCUCCUCCUUUAUCAGCUUUUACAUCCCAGUGGUGAUCAUGAUCGCCACCUACACCCGCAUCUACCGGAUCGCUCAGACCCAGAUCCGUCGGAUCAUGUCUUUGGAGCGGGCGGCAGAGCAGGCGCAGCACCAAGGCCACGGCGUGAACAGGAACCAGCAGCAGGUGCAGCGGCCCGGCGACGAGGCCUCGCUGAAGUCCUCGUUCAAGAAGGAAACCAAAGUCCUGAAGACGCUUUCAAUCAUCAUGGGCGUGUUCGUGUUUUGCUGGCUGCCCUUCUUUGUCCUCAACUGCACCGUCCCCUUCUGCGACCCGCCGUGCGUCAGCGACACCACCUUCACCGUCUUCGUCUGGUUCGGCUGGGCCAACUCGUCCCUCAACCCGGUCAUCUACGCGUUCAACGCAGACUUCCGCCGAGCUUUCGCCAGCAUUCUGGGCUGCGGCCGAGUCUGCUCGAACAACGCGGUGGAGGCGGUGAACUUAAGCAACGAACUGGUUUCCUACCACCACGACACCACCCUCCACAAGGAGGCGCUGGUCCCCGCUCAGCCGCAGCAGCAUCCCCGCAACAUUAACGUCAGCUCGGACCACCUGGAGGACAUGAGCGCACAUUUUGACGAGGAGUCGAUCAUCUCCAACGGUUCUCCGAGCCACAACAGACUGCUGCUGCUUCCCGCAACCAUCCAGUAUGAGGAAGACCCAGAGAUUUCCUUGGAAACAAUCACACCGUUCACCUCAGCUCCAGGGCUGGAGAGUGAUGCUCUGAUACCGGGACAAGUCCACCAGGACGGAUAGGACAGACUCAGUGUUUGAACAAUACUCCAUGAUGUGUGGACUUUAGAACUUCAUAAUUUGGGUUAUUGAUCUGAAACUGGCCAAAAUCACCACUGAGCACAAAGAAAGUAUAAUCUCCAUGUUCAUCCUGUUAUAGCCUGUCAUGGAGGGACAGAUGAUGUUUGAAAAGACUUUGUCUUGACAAGUCGCACGUCUGAUAUCUGGAGCUCUGAGGUCUCUCCAGACGAAUGUCCCAUUAACAACUCAGUAGUUUGAGAGAGCAAAAGAUGAUAUUGGAUUGGUAUCCAUACUAAAUGAACACGUCAUUAAAAUUGCACUAAAACUUCCUUCUCAUUUAAACUCUUUAAAUGAGAGUCCAGUGACACCACCUGCUGGUUUCUAAAGUCCAGUUCUGAAGCCUCAACCUGAGUGUUUCGGGUAUGAUAACCAGGUGUGACGAGCUUCUUUCCCACUAUAACAUUUUCAGUGUGGAUCAAGUGCAGAAAUGAAAAUGCCCUGUUUCAUGUAGAUAAAUAUAAAAAAGAAAAACAGAACUGUUUAUGCACUUUUUCUUAGUGCGAGGAUCUGAACACUCUGUGAUUCCCAAAUCACUGCAGUAUACGCACUAAGUAGAUGUGCCCUAAAUCAUACCCCUGCUUUACUGUCCAUUUAACUUUUUAUGGGACCAUAAUUUAUCAAAAUAAACAUUUUAUGUCCAGUAAGAUGUAAAACUAGGAAUCAAGACCAUAAACUCAUCAGAUAAGUUUUCACUGAAGUCAUUUAUCAUGUGAGAAGAGGAGCUGUUUUCCCAUAGUGUUAAAUAUGAUCCGAUUUCUUCUUCCUACUGGCCUUUAGAAAGAAGGCAGGUUCGAGGCACUCCAGCGUUGGCUGGAUCUAUCCAGCCUGAUAAUAAAUAACAGGCAGGAAGCUCAAGCUUCUCGUAAAAUGCCAGCAUCCUAAUAUAUAUUUUUUUACAUCCUAUUUGCUGUUGUAUUUUGUAUUUUCUGUGUAUUUUCAUCUUUUUUUAGGUUGUUUAAAUAGAAACAGAUUUAUGUGUGUGGAAAUGUGACCUGACAAAGAGCCUGUGCAAACCCAAUGCAGACACAAUCGUUUAAACCCAUGUUUAUUCACAGUAGAACACAGAAAACAUAUCAGAUGUUUAAGCGUAGACAUUUUAAUAUGUAAUGAAAAUAUGACCUCAGUUUGAUCUCAUGGCAGCAACAUGCCUCAAAAAAUCCAUGAUGGGAGCAAAGAAACAGCUGGAGAAACAUGUUGUACGAAUCAGGUUAAUUGGCAGCAGGUCAGUAACAUGACUGGGUAUAAAAAGAGCAUCUUGAUCUAUAAAUUGUGAAACAAUUUAUGAAUAAUAUUCAUCAAAAUAAAAUUGCAAAAAACUCAGAAUAUCUCAUCAUCUACAAAAUAUUAAAUCAUAAACUAGUCUGGAGAAGUAUCUGUGUGCAUGAGACGAGGCUGGAAAUCCGGACUGGAUGCUGGAUGGUGAUCUGAUGGCCCUUUGGCUUCGGAGUAGAAGAGUCCGAGUGCUGAGCCAGCUGAGAACAUCUGGAGCAUCCUGAAACCAAAAAUGGGACAAAGGAGUCAGGACUGCUGAGCAUCAGAACGGGACAACAGUCCUCUGGAAGUCCAGCAGCUGCUGUCCUCAGCUCACAGGCUGUUACAGAUGUUACAGAGGAAACAUGGACCUGCACAAACUUUUAGAGACGUGUCGCUACCAUCAAAUUCAA